AUGGCCGGGUCCAUGUGCGACAUGCAGGUGCGCGGCCGCAACGGAAUAUCGCUUGGCCUUUUUUUGGCGCUGUUUUUCGCUGCCGUGUGCUGGUGCCUUUGCGGUGGUGUCAUGGCUUGCUGGCACCACUUACUGGCGCUGGCGUGGUUGGGCCUGGGCUGGAAGUGCUGGGGAUGCGGAGAUAAGCCUGCAUAUAGUUUGAAUUGCCGUGCCAUUAUGCACUCCUUUCCGCGCUUCCAUGCACGUUUUCAUGUCGAGAAGUGUCGCAUGUCGUCACUUACAUUGUCGCAUGUCGGUACCCUCACUUCUCUUAUGUUGUCUCUUGUGGCGCAUGCGCCGUUGCAUCAACUUCUUUCCACUAUCGUAUUCGUUCGGCUUUACUUUUGUCACCGUAGAUCUUCUCACGUGCCUCGUUCGAACACGCCUCAUCUGUUACCACGCGUCGGGAUUGUCCGACUUGCCUUGUCUAAUAGCGUGAUGAAUGUCUCGCAUCAGACUAUGGGAUCAUGCAAACCAUGGUUACACCAUUGUGUCAUGUCGAUCCGACAUUUCCAUGCCUUAGCCCGAAAUGUAGCCUAA